AUGGGUUAUAUCACCUACGAAAAUGAAGUCUAUCAAGAUAUUGAAGAGUAAGGGUAAAAGGGUUUAAGCAGAGUUUUAUACUCUGAUGGUUAAUUAUAUAUUAAGGGUGUCUACUUAAACAACAUUCAAUAAUAAUCACAAAAUCAAAAAAAAGAAAUCAAGCAACUUACUUUAAAUCUCUUUGAUAAAUGUGUGAGUGUUGUACAACCCUUAUUCUAAUUGAACCAAAAAGAAAUAUUCAUUCAAAAAUAAGAAUUUACCUAAAAUCUGGAUUAAUAGAUAUACAGAAUUGAAAAUAAUCCAGAUGCAAAAGAUUUUGCAUAUAACUACUUCUUCAAUAGUUUCAAAGAUUUCAUUGACUUAUCUCAGCAAUAAUAACUAUAGGAAUAGUUAAAAAUUGCAUUAGGAAUUAAAGAUGAAAAGAAAUAAAAAACUUUUAAUCUUUCUAAUUCACUGACUUAAGAUGAAAAAUUUUUAAAAAUCAUGAUAAAUCUGAAGUCAGAUAUAACAGAAUAAUAAUUAGUGUAUUGUGAAGAAAGAUUAGAAUAAAUUAGAAACUUAAAGGAAAUAAACUGUAAAUAGAGUAGUCUUUUAUGCUUAGCAGCAUAUGAUUUACUCAGCAAUUAUUUCCAAGUUAAAAAGAUAGAUAUCAAAUAAAUCGCCUAAAUUACAAAAUAAGUUUUAGACUAAUAAAUUCCAGUUUUGAAAGAGUCUACAAUUAAAAAAUUAUAUAAAACCUUAUAAAAUACAAAAAUAUCAUACACAAAAAGUGAUAAGUUUGUUAUUUGA